AUGGAGCUCAGCGCCCUUCUCCUCCUUGCUCUCCUCACGGGACUCUUGCUUCUGUUGGCCAGGGGCCACCCGAAGGCCUAUGGCCGCCUGCCACCAGGCCCCCAUCCUCUGCCUUUCUUGGGGAACCUUCUUCAGAUGGACAGAAGUGGCUUACUAAAAUCCUUUCUCAGGUUCCGAGAGAAAUACGGGGAUGUCUUCACGGUGUACCUGGGGCCAAGGCCCGUGGUCAUGCUAUGUGGGAUAAAGGCCAUACGGGAGGCCCUGGUGGACCAGGCUGAGACCUUCUCUGGCCGGGGGAAAAUUGCUAUAGUAGAGCCAUUCUUCCAGGGUGUGGUCUUUGCCAAUGGGGAACGUUGGAAGACCCUUCACCGAUUCUCUCUGGCUACCAUGAGGGACUUCGGGGUGGGGAAGCAGAGUGUGGAGGAGCGGAUUCAGGAGGAGGCUCAGUGUCUGGUGGAGGAGCUAUGGAAAACCCAGGGAGCCCUCCAGGACCCCACCUUCUUCUUCCACUCCAUGACCGCUAACAUCAUCUGUUCCAUUGUCUUUGGAAAACGCUUUGGCUACAGAGACCCUGAGUUCCUGCGGCUGCUGGACCUGUUCCACCAGUCCUUCAUGCUCAUCAGCUCCUUCUCCAGCCAGGUCAGGGAGACGGUGCAGGUGGCCUCUUGCUUGAAACAAUUCAAAGGACACAUGAAAAUAAGGAAUGACAUUUCUUUGAGCACCUGGGUGGCUCAGUUGUUUAAGUCUCCAACUCUUGAUUUCAGCUCAGGUCCUGAUCUCAGGGAUCCCCCCUGCUUCCCUAUGGAUUCAGGAGAAGGCCGACACCGCAGCGAGUUCCACCAGCAGAACCUCAUCUACACCGCGCUGUCGCUCUUCUUCGCCGGCACGGAGACCACCAGCACCACGCUCCGCUAUGGAUUCCUGCUCCUGCUCAAAUACCCCCACAUCAAAGAGAGAAUCCACAAAGAGAUUGACCAGGUGAUGGGCCCACACUGCCUUCCAUCCCUUGAUGACUGAGCCAAAAUGCCAUACACUGAUGCAGUCAUCCGUGAGAUUCAGAGAUUCGGGGACCUCAUCCCGAUUGGUGUGCCCCAAAAGGCCACCAAAGACACUAACUUCAGAGGGUACAUCAUUCCCAAGGGCACUGAAGUAUUUCCCAUCCUGCGCUCGGCUCUCAAUGAUCCACAUUACUUUGAAAAACCAGAAAUCUUCAACCCUGACCGCUUUCUGGAUGCCAAUGGGUCACUGAAGAAGAAUAAAGCUUUUAUCCCCUUCUCCAUAGGGAAGCGCAUUUGUCUUGGUGAAGGCAUCGCCCACAUGGAAUUAUUCCUCUUCUUCAUCACCAUCCUCCAGAACUUCUCUGUGGCCAGCCCUGUGGCUCCUGAGGACAUUGACGUCACACCCCAGGAGAAUGGUGUGGGCAAACUGCCCCCAGUGUACCAGAUCAGCUUUCUGGCUCAUAGAGAAUGCUGA